AUGUGCUCGUGCGUGAUAAUAGUCACUCGUUUGAUCUGUGAGCGGUGCGCCGAGCACGAUGAGAUCACUCUGGUCAAAGGGAACUUCUUCAGAGACAAUCCAGAACGGGCAGUCAGUCUCAGCAAGGGAUGUUAUGAUCACCAUAUGCUGGCGCUCCCACGAAAGAAACAGUUCAGAAACAAGCUGCGACAUUAUUCAGGCUGUCCGAGCUGUCACCAACGCAAAUCUGGGGCCCCACCAAACGGACCGGUCCAGAAUGCGGGUAGAAGCUCGCGACCCGAAGCGUCCCCAGCACAGAAUCGGUAUGGCUCUCGUGAGCAAGAAGUCAUAGCCCAGAGCACGCUUGGACCCGGAAUUAAUGUGCCAGGUAAGUCAGGAGGUGAAUCUCAGCGUCGACGAGAGUAUAUCCGACAGCCUCAGCCCAAAGGUCAGGUUCUCGGAGACCAAGGGAUGGUUUUGGCAGGCGAAGAAUACCCUGUCCGACGGGCACGUUCUGGAGUCAAUCGAGGAGUCAAACGCUCUGAUGAAGGACAACAGCGACCUCAAUCGUCCCCUGGUCAAGGACGAGCGGCGAAACAGCAGAAGAAGAAGAAGCAAAGAUUGGCGAAGAUGUUGCAAUGGCUCUCACGUCUAUGUGGCUUGGCCAUCAAGGAAGCGAUCAUACAAAUGAGUCAAGGCGAUAAAACGGACAAAACAAAUGUUGACGCCAUCCUUGGAUGUCUUUUCUUCGGUGUUCCAAACCGUGGGAUGGACAUCUCGUCGUUGAUCCCUAUCGUUGGUGAAAUGCCUAAUAGUGUUCUUUUGCACGCUCUAGGCAAGGACUCCGAAGUCCUGAUGAAGCAGUCAUGGGAGUUUCGGGAAGCCCUGCCAUCGGAGAUCACCAAAAUAUUCUCCUUUUACGAGACUAUGGAGUCCCCAACGGUCAUCAAAGUCGGCGAUGUCUGGAAAAUGGAAGGCCCGACAGCGUGCCUGGUCAACCAGGAGUCAGCAACCCAUGGGGGGGCGUGGGAAAAUCGCAAUCGGUUCGUUAUAGCCUUGAACCGCAGCCACUCUGAACUGGUCAAGUUUCGGAAGCAUGAGGAGGACUACGAAAUCGUCCUUGAUCGGAUCAAUGAACUCUUGCAGGAAAUGAAAAGAAGGGAGAGCGGAGCUCGCGAGACUGAGGAUUAG